AUGUCCCGGUACCCGCCCCCCAACACGUCUCUCUUCGUGAAGAACGUGGCCGACGAUACCCGGUCUGAAGACUUACGUCGGGAAUUUGGUCGUUAUGGUCCUAUAGUUGAUGUGUAUGUUCCACUUGAUUUCUACACUCGCCGUCCAAGAGGAUUUGCAUAUGUUCAAUUUGAGGAUGUUCGUGAUGCCGAAGAUGCUUUACAUAAUUUGGACAGAAAGUGGAUUUGUGGACGCCAGAUUGAAGUACAGUUUGCACAGGGGGAUCGAAAGACUCCAAAUCAGAUGAAAGCCAAGGAAGGGAGGAAUGUGUAUAGUUCUUCACGCUAUGAUGAUUAUGACAGAUACAGACGUUCUAGAAGCCGAAGUUAUGACAGAAGAAGAUCAAGAAGUCGGUCCUUCGAUUACAACUAUAGAAGAUCUUAUAGUCCUAGAAACAGUAGACCGACUGGAAGACCACGGCAUAGCAGAAGCCAUUCCGACAAUGAUAGAUUCAAACACCGAAAUCGAUCUUUUUCAAGAUCUAAAUCCAAUUCAAGAUCACGGUCCAAGUCCCAGGCCAAGAAAGAAAUGAAGGCUAAAUCACGUUCUAGGUCUGCAUCUCACACCAAAACUAGAGGCACCUCUAAAACAGAUUCCAAAACACAUUAUAAGUCUGGCUCAAGAUAUGAAAAGGAAUCAAGGAAAAAAGAACCACCUAGAUCCAAAUCUCAGUCAAGAUCACAGUCUAGGUCUAGGUCAAAAUCUAGGUCAAGGUCUUGGACUAGUCCUAAGUCCAGUGGCCACUGA